AUGAACAAGUCUUUGAAAUUCUCUCUCGCCGUUAUUUUGGCCAUUUUGUUCGCCUUGUGCACAAUAACAUCUGUUUUGGCUCAAGAUGAAGACAUUACAGCCACCCCUGUCGAUGAAACAUCUACUACCACAACAACAACAACUCAACAAAACAAUGUAAGACUUUUCCUCCACAAGAGUGUUUCUCCAGCCGAACCAAUCGUCAAUACUAAUAUUACUUUCACGAUCACUGUUAUCAAUGUUGGUGAAGAAACUGCUUAUGAUAUUGAUGUUAAGGACAAUGAAUGGCCAGAAGCUCAAUUCGAACUUGCUGAAGGUGAAACCAAGGCUAGUUUUGAAAAGGUUGCUCCAAAUGACCGUGUCUCUUACAAGUAUACUAUUGUUCCAAAGAGUGUUGGUGAAAUUAAUACUCAACAUGCUUUGGCCACUUACAGAUUGGCUCCAGCUGCUGAAAAGGACGAAAAGUCAUUGAAGCUCAUCUCUAAGAGUAACGUUUUGCCAGCUAUUCCAGUCAUGACUCAAGCUGAAUAUGAUAGAAAGCACGCUUCCCACGUUGGUGAUUGGAUCGUCUUCUUCAUCUUGUCUCUCAUUCCUACUGCUUUGCCAUAUGUUGUCUAUAUGUAUGCUAAUAACCAAAUUGUUGAUUUGGCCAAUCAAAAGCAAAAGUCUGAUUAAGUGCUAUCACAACAAAUUUUAGGAUUAAUCGAAUAAUAGUAUAUGUAGUAGUAGAAAUUUAAUUUCAAAUUUUGUUAAUUUUAUUAAAAAAACAAUAAUUAUUAU